AUGGUUAUAGAUCGUGAGGAGUUCUCUAGAAUUGUUUCAGAAAAAAGAAGAAAAUCAACUAACAACGGGUUACCAAAUUUUCUUCAAAAAAAUCAAUCUUCAUCACCAUCAAAAAGUAUUGUUCCUCGAUGGUCUUAUCCUCAAAAAAAUAUAAACAAAAAAAUUGCCCCCGCCAAUGAUAAAUCUGUCAAACAAAAUUAUCACAGAUUAAUACAUAACAAUAAAGCUAGCAAUUCAAUGACACAACAAUUGACAUCUCUAAUUCCACCAACUGUUCCAACUCAAAUAGCACCUUCAACACCAUCUUCAAUAUCAACCGCAACAAAACCAAAAUCUAUACCAUAUUCUUCAAUGGCAUUAGCGGAUCAAAUUCCAACGGUACUGAUAGUAAGAUCAGAAUCUAACCCAAUUAUACCAUCGAACUCAAUAAUACCAACAUCAAAUGUGCCGGCAGAAUCAAUGAUAACACUAUCGACAUCAAAAUCAGCUCCACCAAUAGUAAGAAGAGGAUCGACAUCAAAAGCAACCCUACCAUCAACAACUUCAACAUCAAAUGCAAGGACAAAUUAUGUCAAUAAUGAUUCAAAAAAUAAUUUAGAUCAAAAAGAUGAAUUUUACAAGGAACUCUAUAAUAAAAAUAAUUUGAAACCCAAUAUUUUUGCUAAAUAUAACAUGGUUUAUUCGCAAAGUACUCAAUGGAGUAAAAAACAUUUUUCGUUUACUACAGUUGAAUGGGGAAAUGCUACUAGGUUCAGAAAUAAUGAAGAAGCAAAAAAAUUUAAAUUAUAUUGUGUUUCUAAUGAAAAAACAAAUAAUGAUUUAAAAUUAUCAUUCUUAAAUCAACUGGAAUGCAAAAUGUAUCCACAAAAUUAUUACGCUAAUAUUUCAAGUCUUAAACCUAUUCAAUCUCAAAAACAGAAUAAAAAUAUUCAAUACAUUAACCGAUUUAUUACUCGUGAGAAACCUUCGAUUCAUCAAGCAAAACAUAUAGAGAAUAAUCAAAUUAUUGCGAAUACCGAUAAAUACAUUUAUUUAGUGGAUAUGAAAGAUCCUAAAGAUCCUCAAUCUUAUGAAAUUUUGAAUAAAUUUGGUGUUGAUGAGGCUUCAGAUAAUUAUAAGUUUGGACCGGCUUUUUCCGACAAUGGUUAUUUGGCACUUUGGGAAAUUUCAGAUAAUCAAAAAAAUUCGGGAGGUAAUUCUAAAUUUCAAAAACCAAAAAUUAUCAUGAAUAUUUUCAAUGAAAACGAAUAUACGACAAAUAAGAUUACUUCAUGUGAUAGUAGAGAUGAUGGAAGUAGUGUUAUAUGUAGUACAUCUGACAAAGGUCACUUGAUAAUUUGUGAUUAUAAAAGUAAAAGAUCAAUAAUAGAUAAGAUUAACAAUGCACAUAUUGGUUCAGUCACAAGUUGUCAUUAUGAUCCAUAUGUGGAAAAUUUUCUAUUGACAUCAGGCGCGGAUGGUGCUAUUAAAUGGUGGGAUACACGUAAAUUGAAAGGAAUUAUUAAUAAUUUACCAUCUCCGUUACAUACUUUUAAAAAACAUAUUGAUACAGUGAAUAAAGUAAGCUGGUCGCCUCAUAUCAAAUCAUUAUUUGCAAGUUGUUCAGAUGAUAAAUCCGUCAUCAUAUGGAAUUCAGUAAAUAUUAAAGAAGAUAAUGGAAUACAUUUUACACAUAAUUUACAUCGGUCUAAAGUUGUUGAUUUUGCAUGGCAUCCCAAUCCGGAUUAUGAUCGGACGAUUGCAUCAAUAUCUUCUGGUUCAGAAACGACUUCAGGAUUAUUACAAGGGCAUCAUGAGCACAAAAAACCAUAUAAUACUCAUAAUGAACAAUUUAAAGAAAGAAUUCGUGCAGCACCAAAAAAAUUGCAAGUUGGUCAUCUUUAA